AUGUUCCCACCACCACCUGCUGAUCUCGACUGGUCCAAUUUGGGCUUCAAAGUCCGCGAUGGUAUGCUAUUCAAGUACUGGAGAUGCCCACAAAACACACUAACAUUGACAGGCAAUGGCCACGUCGAAGCGCACUUUUCGUACAGUGAAGGCGCCAAAUGGUCCUCCCCCAAAUUCGUGGCCUCCCCCUACCUGCCCAUCCACGGCAUGGCCCCGGGUUUCAACUACGGCCAACAAGUCUACGAAGGGUUGAAGGCGUUCCGCAAUCGCGACAAUACCAAAAUCACCAUCUUCCGCCCCGACCGUAAUGCGAAGCGCAUGCAGCACUCGGCCGAGGUGGUCUCCAUCCCACCCGUCCCGGAGGAUCUGUUCGUUGAAUGUGUUCGGCUGGCUGUUGGUCUCAAUGCCGAGUAUGUGCCACCCCAUAGCUCUGGAGCAGCCAUGUACAUCCGCCCUGUGUUGUUUGGAUCCUCGGCGCAGCUCGGGCUGAGUCCACCUGAUGGAUAUACCCUUGCAGUGUUUGCGAUGCCGACGGGAGUUUAUCACGGCGCGAGUGCAGUGGACGCGUUGGUCCUAGAGGAUUUCGAUCGCUGUGCGCCGUUCGGAACGGGCAAUGCCAAGGUGGGGGGAAACUAUGCGCCUGUGCUGCGACACAGUGAUCGGGCGCGCAAGGAAGGGUUCGGCAUCACGCUUCAUCUGGAUAGUGCCACGCGCAGCGAGAUCGAUGAGUUCUCCACGUCCGCGUUUCUUGGAGUCAAGCGGGAGGGGGACACCGUCACUGUUGUGCAGCCUGAUAGUCAGAAUGCGAUCGACUCGGUUACUGCGGCGUCGGUGUUGGAAAUUGCGCGCUCCCUUGGCUACCAGGUUGCGAAGAGACGGGUUGCCUACGAGGAACUACCGGAGUUCGAUGAGGUGAUUGCUGCAGGCACCGCGGCGGCAUUGGUUCCCGUGGGAAGUAUCACGAUGCAGUCGCGAGGGGACCGGAUUACCUACAAGCGCGGAGAGCAGAACCAAGGUGGAGAGGUGUGUGUACAGCUGCUGCAGACACUUCGGGGAAUUCAGUCUGGGGAUGUUGAGGAUACCUUUGGCUGGAACUGCGAGGUUCAGGCGCCUCCUCAGGGAUGGGCAGAGGGAUAUAAAGAGACUGAGCAGGACGAUGCCAAUGGCCCUUGA